CGGGAGGCUUGGACCUCGGCGGCCUCCGUCCAGGGGUGGGCCCGGAGGGAGGUCCACGGGCUGGAGUCGCAGAACCUGGCUCCGGGACGUGGAUGGAGAUGGAGUUCGACUGCGAGGCUCUCAGACGGCUACUGGGCAAGUACAAGUUCAGAGAUCUCACUGUGGAAGAACUAAAGAAUGUAAAUAUGUUUUUUCCACAUUUCAGAUAUUCUAUGGACACCUAUGUUUUUGCCAUGGAAUGAUCCCUUUACCCACUGUUACCUUUCACUUAUAUAGUUCAAGUGUUCAAAGAUAGUUCCCAGAAAGACCUGCUGAAUUUCACUGGCACUAUUCCUGUGAUGUAUCAGGGUAAUACAUAUAACAUACCAAUUCGUUUGUGGAUUUUGGAUUCCCACCCUUUUGCUCCCCCCAUUUGCUUCUUAAAGCCAACUGCAAAUAUGGGAAUCUCAGUUGGAAAACAUGUGGAUGCUCAAGGCAGAAUAUACUUGCCGUAUCUUCAAAACUGGAGCCAUCCUAAAUCUGUCAUUGUUGGACUAAUUAAAGAAAUGAUUGCCAAGUUUCAAGAGGAACUUCCCCUGUAUUCUCUACCGUCAUCUGAUGAGGCACGGCAGGUAGACUUGCUAGCCUAUAUUGCAAAAAUCACUGAAGGUGUCUCAGACAUGAAUUCAAAGAACUGGGUAAAUCACGAGCAUAAAACAGUCAAUAAAAUUACUGUGGUUGGAGGUGGAGAACUAGGUAUUGCUUGCACAUUAGCAAUCUCAGCAAAGGGCAUUGCAGACAGACUGGUCCUCUUGGACCUCUCAGAAGAAACAAAAGGAGGGGUGAUGGACCUUGACAUCUUUAGCCUGCCUAAUGUGGAGAUCAGCAGAGAUUUGUCUGCCUCUGCUCAUUCCAAGGUGGUGAUCUUCACGGUCAACUCUUUGGGUAGUUCUCAGUCCUACCUGGAUGUGGUACAAAGCAAUGUGGAUAUGUUCAGAGCCCUUGUCCCAGCUCUGGGACAUUAUAGUCAACAUGGUGUCCUGCUCGUUGCAUCUCAACCAGUGGAAAUCAUGACAUAUGUAACAUGGAAACUGAGUGCAUUUCCUGUAAAUCGAGUGAUCGGAAUUGGAUGUAAUCUGGAUUCACAGAGAUUACAAUAUAUUAUUACAAAUGUCUUGAAGGCACAGACGUCAGGAAAACAAGUAUGGGUUAUUGGUGAGCAGGGAGAAGACAAAGUGCCCACAUGGGGUGGCCAAGAAGAAGUAAUGAGUCCUAACUCUCAGGUGCAGUUGUCCAACAGAGCCAUGGAACUGUUACGGGUAAAAGGCCAAAGAUCCUGGUCUGUUGGACUGUCGGUAGCUGACCUGGUUGACAGUAUUGUAAGCAAUAAAAAGAAAGUACAUUCUGUAUCAAUUUUAGCAAAGGGAUAUUAUGGUAUAAACAGUGAAGUGUUCUUAAGUUUGCCUUGCAUCGUUGGGACCAGUGGCGUAUCAGAAGUCAUCCAAAGCACAGUGAAGGAAGAUACAGUGACCAAGAAACUCCAGAGCAGUGCAUCAUCAAUCCAUGGUCUCCAACAACAGUUAAAACUUUGAUUCUAAAGUUCAGUUACCAGAAGGGAAAGGUCAUUUAAUUUGGCCAACAUAUAUGGGGUUGAGAAUUUCUGUUUCUUAUUACUUACCCUUACAAACUGCUUGGUUAAGGUAGACGGUUUCCGGUUAGCUUUGUAAUUUGAAUCCUUAGGGAGUGGGGCAGUGGGGAGAGAUCUAAUUUUCUGUGUUGCUCUUGAGCUAUCUAAACUGUUCUUUAAACCUCCAGCAGAAGUAGACAUGCAUCUACAAUAUGCAUCAUUUAAAUUUAUGGAUCCUCAACUAAAAGCACAUUCAGCACUUUGGGAAUAUUUUGAAAGUAUAUAUUUUUAAAAGAAAGUGACUCCCUGACUGUUAUAAUAAACACGAUAAGCUGAAGGUCCAGUAUUGAUUUACAGAAUCUGUGCUAGGUGUACUUUCAAAAGAUCCCCAGCCUAAGGUAUUGUUUCUUCUUUAAAAUAUAA